UCGUGCGUGCGCCACUUGGGAUUAGCCUCCUCUUUUUCUGAGAAAAGGCCUGACGAUGAGGGGCUGCCUGGUUCUCUCGCUGCUCUUCCUUUUUUGCCUUGUUGCUCGUGGGAAUCCAAAUGGCAGGAAGAAGAAAGGACCACAGCUGCAGCCUGUCUGGCGGAAGAGCGACCGCCAGCGUACCCAGACCAAGUUCCUUCUGUACUCUAGCACCGCCGAGGAAGGCUGCCUGAUUGAAUUUGACCAGAUGGCCACGCUGGAGACAUGCCGCUUCAAUGCCUCGCUGCCCCUGGUGAUGAUCAUUCAUGGAUGGGCGGUGGAUGGAAGCCUGGAAUGGUGGAUUUGGGAGCUGGCCAAUGAGCUGAAGACCCAGCUCCCACACACCAAUGUGAUCAUCGCUGAUUGGCUUGCACUUGCCCAUGCGCAUUAUCCCAUCGCGGUGCGGAAUACGCGGGUCUCGGGCCAAGAAAUUGCUUGGUUCCUGGAAUGGCUGGAGAAAUCAGUUCAUUUCCACAGAAGCAAGGCCCACCUGAUUGGGUACAGCCUGGGGGCCCACACUGCUGGCUUUGCCGGCAGCUUCAUUAGGGGCAGAGAGAAGAUUGGCCGAAUUACAGGCCUCGAUCCGGCCGGCCCACUGUUCGAGGGCAUGUCCCCCACGGACCGCUUAUCGCCAGACGACGCCGACUUCGUGGACGCCAUCCACACCUUCACCCAGCAGCAAAUGGGGCUCAGCGUGGGCAUCAAGCAGCCCGUGGCGCACUUUGACUUCUACCCCAAUGGGGGCACGUUCCAGCCUGGCUGCCACAUCAAGCACGUGUACGACCACAUUGUGCAGUACGGCAUCACGGGGCUCGCUCAGACAGUGAAAUGCGCCCACGAAAGGUCUGUUCACCUCUUCAUUGACUCGCUGCGGCACAACGCCAAGAAAAUCAUGGGCUACUCGUGCAAGGACAUGCAGACUUUUGACAAGGGCCGGUGCCUCAGCUGUAAGGCAAACAGGUGCAACACCCUGGGCUACCAUAUCCGGAAGGCAAAAGUCCCCAGCAGCAGGCAGCUGUUCCUGAAGACCCGCGCUCAGGUGCCCUUCAAAAUUUACCACUAUCAGUUCAAGAUCCAUGCCAUCAAUGAAUUCCAAGAGAGGCAAAUUGAUCCAACGUUCACGAUCUCGCUGACUGGCAGCAAAGAUGAUGUUGAAAACCUCUCCAUCACCUUAAUCGAAGGCAUUACUGGAAAUAAAACCUGCACUUUUCUUGUUCCACUGGACAUCGAUAUUGGUGAACUGUUGAUGAUUAAACUGAAAUGGGAGGGGAUUGCGAUUUGGAAAAACAUUUGGAACACUGUCCAAACCAUCAUCCCUUGGACCAAGGGGGACCGCCGGCCAGGACUAGUUGUGAAGACAAUUCGAGUCAAGGCAGGAGAAACUCAGCAGAAAAUGACAUUUUGUUCUCAAAACGUUGAUGAUUUGCACCUCUACCCGGGCCAGGAGAAAAUGUUUGUGAGAUGCGAAUUCAGUUCCCAGCGGCAAAGGGAAGCAAGCAGCUGAGCAAGAACCCAAAGAACCGGCUUGCCUCUCGAGAAAGGGCUGUGUGCUUUAUCUUCGGCACACUUAUUUUUAUUUCUUUGGAUGCAUAUAUACAUGUGUCUCCCUGUGCAUGCAGAUAUACGGGCAGAGGAGGGCACAGAAGCCUUCAUGGAUCCAACAGGACUGCUGCAGGUUGCAUGCCACUAAGAGGGAUGAAUAAAGUGUGGAAUCAAGCGCUUGUGUUUCCUUCUCCACUUUCUCCAGACCAGGCAUCAUUUUGUACCUUCAUGCGCCU